CCUUCCUCUGCCGUCGCCACGAAACCACUUCCUCCUCCGUAGCUGCUUUUCACCCUCUCCAGCACGCGACGCCACGCCCGUGAGCUGUCGUCGGAGAAGACCCCGCCGCCUCCAUGAGCUGUCGCCGGAGAAGAAGACGCCGCUGCCGUGAUCUGUCGCAUGACAAACCUGGUAAAAAAAAAAAAAUCCAAAGUCUAAAACGUUAUCUACUGGAAAUUUGGCACGGCUCAUGCCGUUCCCGUGCCGGCGUUCCACGUUUGUUCCGACAAAUGCUUAAAAUUACGCCAUUGUGUGAAUUUAGCCGUCCUUUCUCAAGUCAUGUCGUCCCACCUCGCAAGGAGAACUUACAAUGGCGGUCUGCUAUCGACAGAAGCAGGGACUCUGGUGCGAGUCGUAGCCAACGGCACGAUCACACUCGCAGGCUACCUAGGCGAAAGCCGGCUCCUAAAAGUCGCCUUGCUACCUUCCCUACUAAUCUGUGUAGGCUCCAUCGCCGCUACUCUCCUCACCUGCAACUCCUCCAUGGGGAAGUUUUCAAGUCGUCUUUCUAUCGCCAUGUCUCAGCAUCGUGUAUGGUUCUUUUUAAAAAUGUAAUUCUUUUUGUAGCAGUGUGAGAAUGGCUUUUAGUUGUAUUAACAUAAAAAUUUUGAAUUUAUUUAUGGUAAAUUCUGAGGAUUUUGUGCUUGUACCUGGCUUUUGUCGAUCGCGGACGCGGUGGUAGGAAGAACAAGGACGAGGAAAACAGAGUCGAAGGCAAUAGA